AUGACUCCCAAGUUACUGGGGUGUAUCACUUUAGCGGUGCUGCUAGGUAGCAGCACUGUGAGUUCUGGAUCGUUGAAGGACAUUGAGCAUGUAGUCAUCUUUAUGCAGGAGAACCGUUCCUGGGACAGUUACUUCGGUACCAUGGCUGGAGUUCGUGGAUUCAAUGAUCCCAAUGUCCAGGUUAAUCCAGAUGGAAACUCGGUGUGGCACCAACUUGUCGACCCCAGUCAAUCCAAUGAUGCCAAGACUCUGCUUCCUUGGUAUCUAGGCUACAAGGGUGGUGAUUGGAGUGACGCCAUUCAGUGCAUGACAGCUGGUAGUAAUGGUUACCAGGAGAAUCAGGGGUCUCUGAACCAUGGCUCCAACAACCACUGGGUGACCAAGAACACACCCUGGAGCUGGGGGCAUCUCAAGCGCCAGGAUAUUCCUAUUCAGUUUGCCAUUGCUGAAGGCUGGACCUCGGGUGAUAUGUACCAGGAAAGCCAAAUCACUGCCACAAACCCUAACCGGGUUAGCCUCGUUAGUGGUUCAAUCAAUGUUCCCGGUAGUCCUCAGUCCAAGGACCAGGGUGGUGUGUAUAUUGACAACAACGAAGUGCCUGGCUGUGACGAUAAUGGGAUCAACUGCUACCCGCUCAAGUGGAAGACCGUAUAUGAAUUCUACGAAGAUGCAGGAGUGUCUUGGCAGCUAUUCCAAGAUACGAACAACUUCGACGACAACCCUCUGGCUUGGUUCCAGCAGUUCCAAACUGCUUCGAAGAAUAGCCCUCUCAACCAAAAGGGCAUGUCAUUCGUGAGCCUCGACGCCUUCUACCAGAGAGCUGCCAAUGGUACAUUGCCUGAGGUCAGUUUCAUUGUUGGUCCUGCCGAGCUAUCAGAGCACCCGCCCUACAUGCCGAAAGAUGGAGCUUGGUUGCAGAAGAAGGUCGUCGAUGCGGUUACCAAUAGCCCCAAGUACAACUCGACCCUCUUGAUGAUCAGCUAUGACGAGACUGGUGGAUUUGGUGACCAUGUCACUCCAUUCCAUUCCCCUCCGAAUACCCCUGGUGAAUGGAUGAAGGAUCCUUUGGGUCUGUUCUCAGAUAUCUUCUCAGGACCUGGUUUCCGAGUUCCCUUCUAUAUGAUCUCUCCGUGGACACGAGGAAACCGUGUGUUCACUGAGCGAGCAGACCAUAACUCCCAGAUUCUGUUUGUUGAGGAGUGGCUGGCAGCCCGGGGCCAUAAAAACAUUCAAACUGACCAGAUGGUAUCCUGGCGACGUGAACACAUGUCCAAUUUGGUCAACGCUUUCGACUUCGAGAACCCGGACUACUCUCUUCCCAACCUGCCCGAUGCCCAAACACCAGACACCAAUUCCAAGGGCGGUUACACAGGUACCUCGAACUGCCAAUCCCGUCACUCCCAAACCCGCCCUCCAGUUCCAUAUGGCGAGCAGGACAACGAAACUGACACCAACACCCUCUGGUUCGAAGAAGGCUACAAAGAAGUAGUUGGUUACCUAACAGAAGGGCGCUUCCUAGUCUUCGAGAAAAACGGUGUAGCCCUCACAAACAAUGGCAAAUCCCUCACCACAAGCCCAGCAACCCCCAAGCACAACGCCAAAUCACAGCGGUGGAUCGUUCAUUACACCCAAGACGAGGAAAGCCAUGUCUUCACCAUGUCCAGUGCUCUGGAUGGUAAAUGGCUCGGAGCAAACAAUGUCAUGUUACCCAAAGACCAGGGCGCAAAUGCUGUCCAGUUGCGAUUCUCAUUCAAUCGCAGUGGCCGCGCCCAUUCUAUUCAGCAGCUUCAUCGGGGGCAGUAUGUCGAUAUCAACACCCAGGGGCCUAUGAGUGGGGCUGGGGGAUACAAGGUCUUUAGUGUUUCAUAUCGUGAUUAA